AUGCAGACCGUGAACGCAUUGAACAGGACAACAUUGCAACAACAACAACCACCCCAACCCCAAGAGCAGGAUCCCGACAACUACAUCAGGAUCCGCGACCAGCUGCUCGGCGCGGGCUGGGUGGUGGUCGCCCCCACGACGGAUCUGCUCGAUGUGCUAGGCCGCAAGGUCGGCUACGAGGCCUCCAAAGACGCCGGCUCUGCGCCCAGCAAGCUGCCUGUCAAGCUGCAGAUGCUGUUUCUGGGCCACAGCCUUGGCGGCGCGUGCUCCAUCCUGGCCGCCGCCAAGCUGCAGUCUGACAAGAUCCGUGGCGUGGUGCUGCUCAGCGCGCAGGUCAGCAAGAUGCGGCAGUCGCCGGUCAACGACGACAUAUGGCUGCUCGAUGGCAACAAGAGGAGCACGGACGCUGCCGUCGCGUUCUUCAAGAAUGAGUUCCCCAGGGACACCCCCCUCAUCAUCGUCAGCCCUGACAGGGACGUGCUCGCGCCUCGGCCCACGCUGGAGUGCCUGUUCAAAGUCGCAGCCCAGGCACGAAAGGGUGAGCAGGUGGCGCUGUUUGAGAUAAAGGGGGAUCACACUGGCUACGAGGAUAAACUGGAUCUGCCCACCGACUUCACAUUCCAGGGGGCCCGGGUGCCGCUGCCGGGGCUGCUGCAGGCCGCGGUCAAAGGGGCCCUGUCUGCCAUCAACCUCUUUGUCAUCCCAAUCGCUGAAACGGUGCUGCUGGCGGCCAGGAAGCAGAAGGACGUGACAGCACAGGUGCUGCAACAGAUCAUUGACCCGAUCUUCAACUACAAGGACAUUAAAAACAGCCUGGUGGUGAAGACCACGGCGGACACCGACCUGCAAUACCAGGCCAAAUUCACAGUGGCACAGGAGGAAUACGACAACCUCAAGGAGGCCAUCGCCCACAACAUCAAAAGGAACCUGCCUUUGGAGCUGCUCCUGGGGGGUUACGCAGUCGCGCAGGCCACGGCGAGCACACUGGCAGCGCGGCUGCUGUCGCAGUCUACAGGCGCCUCUGGUGAAACCCAGCUGGGCCUGCUCAUCAUCUCAGGCCUGACCUUCGCCCUCGCCUACGAGAACGCCCUCCUCGUCGCCGGCCGCUACAUCGCCGGCCCCUUGAACGACCCCAACCACGCCAGGGCCUCCGCAUCCAGCCCCGCGCAGGCUAAGGCGGCCCAGCAGGCCGCCGACGCCAGGAUUGAUGCGCUGCGGGGCCUCAGCGAGUGGCGCUUCCUCGCGCACUCGGGCGCCCCGCUCGCCGUCAUCGCCGGGCUGAACCUCGCCGGCCGCGCGGGCGUCGGCUGGGCAGCCGACCCCGUGUACGAAGGCCUGGUUGGCCUGGGCGUGCUGGGGGUCGUUGCCGUCAGCAGCGUCCGCAACACAGCGUUCCUGACCAUCGCGCCGCGCUGGGCGCGCGGCAUCCUGCGUUUUGCGCACGACCGCGGCUCACUGGACUUCACCAAAGUGGUCCCUGUGCUCCUGACCAACCUUGUGCUGAUCGCGCUGGGGGUGCAGGCGGCGGGGGAGGACCCGGCGGCGUGGCCGUUUGCGGUGGGGCCGGUGCUGAGCUUGCUGCUGAACGCGUGGCCGUCCGCGAAGGACGGCGAACUGGUCGACCCAAACAGCAAGCGCCUCCCGCAAUUUGUAACUGGCAACGCCGGCGAGGUGGUGCUGUUUGCAUCAAUGGUCGCCACAGAGUACCUGCUGCGCGGCCGCUGA